AUGGAUAUCAUUCCCGUCCAGCAUCUCGUCCAAGAAUCCAUGCCAACCGACACAGUUCCUUAUGAGCCCCCAGUGGACCCGGAGCAGUUCGUGAGGCUAGCAGUGAGCCUGCUGACGUUGGGACUAGGAUUCACCUGUUGGCUGAUGAUGUACAAUGUUACAAGGACCAAGUUUGAGAGGUCCCUCGCCAAGGAGCUCAUAGUCGCGGCUUUCGCGUCUAUCACCCUCGGCACUGGUGCGUUCUUCGCUAUGUUAUCGGCGGACCUCUAUGUGUGA